ACAGGUUUGUCCUGCGGCUGAGAGCUAAGUACCUCGACAGAAAGGUGUGUUCUGCCUCAUUCUUCCUAUCCAAAUUUGUCCGAUUCAUAAAUCUGAAUAAACUUGAUAUUUAAUCUUUAUUUGUUUAUGAAGCUCUACCUGUCAGGUAUUCCGGUGACUGGUUUUGACCUUUGUACCGUGGUGUUAUUGUGACGUUAUUGGGCUUCACUCAACCCAACCCUAAGCCAUGCCGAUGUUAAGUACACUCUCAUUUUAUGCACAAGCUAAUGAGACCUACAAGGCCUUAAGACUCAAAACAAAAUGAUCAGAAUUUCAUACUGAGAGCUGUUUCUAAUAAUUUGCCCAUAUUGUGUUGCCCAGGGGUGUCAGACUUUCAUCGGACAAAGGGGCCAUUUUAUUUAUUUAUUAUUUUAAGCAGGCUAAAAACCAUUACAGCCUGGAUAGGCUGACAAAAAACAGUCUGCGUUUUAUGUCAUAGGCAGUGUCGACGUCAGGCUAGCAGGAGGGUUUAGAGGGGUGUUAAAAAUAGACAUUUUUAUGGGCGUAUCAAUUACUCACCGGUUUCCACAAUUCUCUAGGUGUGGAAUAGAACUCCCGCAAGAUCGAAUGUAUUGUCCCGAAUUUUCCAGACUAUGAGUCGUUUCUGACUAUACGUCACAUCUGUCAAAAAAACGGACGAGAACAGAUCAUUUAAUCUGGAAACGGAAGUUAUUUAACGAUGUAAUCGAAGUUAGAACAACAGGCUGUGUAGGUGUCUGGUAUGUUAACGCCAUGACACAUGACAACAUGACAGUUACGGUAUUUAACUCCACAAUAGCACACAGAACAUACCUGGGAAACUGAAUAGGAUAAAAUAACAUAACAAGCCAGCGAAUCCAACAACCAAGUUACCGGUAAACAAGUUCACCGAGCUCACAAUCUUAUUUUUCAUCCUCUACUGUUCUUAGUACUUUGCAUUGUCCUACACCACAAUCAUAUACUAUACUAUAGUAUAAUAUUGUUAUAUUUUGUUGUCGGUCAGUCUAUGUUUGUAUUUUGUACAUAUGUGUAGAGCUGUUUCCAGGUAAGCAGAUCCAAAUUCCAAGUGGCAACAUGGACACCUGUCCAGGCCUCUGUCGUCAUCAGAGUAUUCCUGUUGAGACAGACGAGAGCAUGGCACCCUCCAGUCUAGACUUGGACUGGCUCCCUGCCAACCAGCAGUGCAUUGAAGGACAACUAGGGACCAGAAAGAGCUUUGAGCACCAUGGAUGUGAGCAAACAGGGGAACGGGACAUCCAUUACAACCGGGAGAGACUCCUUCAGCGUUAUUUCCAGAGUGAACUCACAACAGACAGUGUACCCACUUCUGAGCUUCACUUGGUCCCACAAGGGCAGAUGGGACCUUGUUGGCCUGGUUUUACCAACCCUCAAAACGGGCCUGAGUGUUCUGUGGAUGAGGCAGACGGCUUGGAGGCACCUCUCCCACUCAUGUCCGACGUCAAUGCCAAACACUUUAUCCAAUCACCCCAUCCUGCAGCACUUUUUCACGGCCAAUGUCUCGGUCCAAGCCAGGGGAGAUGUCUCAAAGCAUGCAUGUGUCACCAUCCAGCAAACCCACCUUUCCACAACUAUAAACACAGUCCUGAUGUGCACAUGCACCCCAGAAAUCAAUGCCACAGGGUGCCAUCAUUUCAGCCACCGGGGAACUGCCCCCAAAACCUGCACGUUGGAGUGGCUCCCAGGGAUGUCAUGUGUGAGGUCGUCUUAGAUGAUCCCAGGCAGGCAGAUCCCGGGCCAGGUAUUAAGGAGACCAAGUGGACCUUCAGUCUGCCAAAGGAGUACAGGAAUGUUUUCAUCACAUAUUCUGUGGACACAGCUGCAGAGAUGACUCCCUUCACCAAAUUUCUGACGAGUCAGGGCUUCAAACCGGCAAUUGACAUCUUUGACAAUCCCAUCAGGCGGAUGGGCAUCACCAGAUGGAUGGACCGGUUUUUGAAUGAUAAAUCAGUCCUCAUCAUCGUGGCCAUCAGUCCUAAGUAUAAGGAGGAUGUAGAGGGGGAUGGUAACGAUGAGCACGGGAUGCACACCAAAUACAUUCACAAUCAGAUCCAAAACGAGUUCAUCCAACAAGGCUGCUUGAACUUCAGGUUCAUACCAGUGUUGUUUCCCAACGCUACCAAGAAACACGUCCCCAGUUGGCUCCAAAACACAAGGAUCUACAGGUGGCCCCAAGACACGCAGGACCUGCUGUUGCGCCUGCUGAGGGAGGAGCGCUACAUCAUUCCACAGGCAGAAACACCCCUCACCCUCACAGUCCGUCCUCUCUGAAUCUUAUAGGUCAGGGGUGAGCUGGAGCCUACCCCAGCUGACUUUGGGCGAGAGGCGGGAUACACUUACAAACUCAGCAGGGGAUCAAAUACUUAUUUUCCCCACUGUAUACAUACAAUAUAUAUAUAUAUAUUAGGGAUGUCCGAUAUUGGAUUUUUGGCUAUAACCGAUAUGUGGAUAUUGUCCAACUCUCAAUUUCCAAUUCCAGUAUCAACUGAUACCGAUUUCUGUGGUGACCAACAAUAUUGUUUGAGACAUUCCUCUUGGAAAUUAAUAAAGUGUUUACCUACCUACCUACCAACCUACCUACCUACCUACUUACCAAGUGGAUUUCCGUUUCCGAGUCAUGAGGUUGUUGUAGCCACUUAGCUAUUGCUAAUUACUUGUUGGGUUGAGUGGAGAGUAAACUGAUUGGCGCCACCUACCUUGACUCCUGUCUCGUUGUGAAUCGCAUCUCCACAUUUCGUGACCCUCGAUGUGGGUAAAAAUGUCGACUGACAACAACGAGAUCGUGCCGGCGCCGCUACAAGGCAACCAGUUAACUAACGUCGGUGCUGUCUGCGGCACAUCCACGCCCGUGGUUUCAACAUAUCAAGCCCAGUUCCGACUUCGAGAAAUAGCACAGGAUGUGAUGAAGUAUUCCCAUGUAUUGGCGCCACUAGAUGCCUCCAUGACGGAAAGUACGAGAGGCCAUAGGCCAAUAAAUACAGCAUUUUUUUUAAUUAUAGGUUUUCAUUAUAGGGAAAAAACAAAUACCCAAAUAAACGGAUAUUACAUUUUUCUGCCAAUAUUGGGCCGAUAAUAUCGGUGGGCCAAUAUUAUCGGACAUCCCUAAUAUACUGUAUACAUACACACCUAUUACAAUCUGAGAAUUACAAUUAGAAAUGUAGAAUUUCUGAUUCUGCAGUAUGAUCUAUGUGGUUUGCUAGUUUGAAUGCAUCAAAAUGUACAAUAUUUGAAGAUGUUUUCUGAUUUGUAUGUAUUGAUCCAUACUAUUUUAGAGCUCUGGCUUUCCAAAGUGCUGGUUUGUGGAAAAUACAAAUGACUUGGAUGAACACAAAAUACAAUUUAGAUGGACUUGUCUUUAAUUUACAGCUAUUCAGUAGUUACAAAAUGUAUUCCACCACCACCAAUAAUAAUAAUCCAUACAUCCAUCUAUUUUCUAUGCCGCUUCUCCUCAUUAGGGUUGUUUAAUAAUAACACUGCGAUUGUCGCAGUAUUGAGCUACUUCUUCCCUCCUUUUUAAUGGUGAAUUGCAACCACUCGAGUUAGUCCCUCCCCUUCCGCUACGAGCCACAUGGCGACUAUUGAGACCUGUCAACAUUUGCUUUAGAAAAUAAGAUACAUUUUCCAGAAAAUAAGGAAAUUUCCACCAGCGCUCUCAAAAUGCUCAGGUUAAUUACGGAAUUGAAACCUUAGUUGAAGCCUUACUUUGUGAUACGGUAAUAAAUACAAGUCACCAAAAGAUGGCAGCAUUUCUCGCAUAACACUCAAAGAGCUGGUUACAAGCACACAAAAUACAAUAAAUUAUUAGUGCACAACAUUUUUUGUUUCUUUAGAGUGCUGUUAUUCAUCCCAAUUUGAAAAAUGUUUAAAACCGAAUAUUUACAUGCGUCGUGAGAAUGUGUCAUAAUGACAACAAGUGAUUCCUCCACUGCAGAGCAACUGGAGGCUUAUGAACAGAAACAUCCUGCUCUUAAAUUCUCAGCAGGAACAUCACGUCAUGCUCAUCUGCAGACAGCAGUCCCACCAGUCCAUUCC